AUGGAAGACCUCACCAAAGAGCCGGACUCCAAGCACCGGAUGCUAAUGGUGUCCCACACACCACAAGUGCCGCCCAAAGCUGUGUUUGUGUCCAAGUCGUGUCCGGACUUCGUCACGGAGUACGGCGAUGACAUGUCCAGCGUCAGCUCGCUACAGCACAUGAAGUACUGCUCCUGUUCGCUACCGAGUCAACUCAAUGUGGCUGCAACACAGAGCGCUACACAGCGCAACAAGCGGGACAGCAAGUGCGGCGCGACCCCGCCCUGCUCGCCCGAGCCCGCGUCGCGCCGCACCGCGCCCGCCGCCGACGACCACCUCGUGUGGCUCUCCGUGCACACGCGCGACCCCGCGCACCCGCACUUCGCCGACAAGCACGACAAGAUAUCAAAGUUGACGAAGAUCGACUUCAACUGUUUGAAUCUGGUGGUGAGCAUAGACAGCUGGGUAGCGGUGCUGGACUUCUUCGGUAUCGCCGGGGAUGACGUACCCGACGGUGAUAACGGACACGAACCACUGCCGACCACGUCGAGCGCCCCCGGGCCGGUGCGCGGCAGCAGCCAGACGGAGCUGUGGGUGCGGUCGCUGAGCGUGGUGCUGGUGACGCGGCGCGGCGAGGCGUGCCGCGCGCUCGUGUCGCGCGUGCGCACGGUGGCGCGCGCCGACGCGCACACGCACACGCGCACCGUCACGGGCCGCCUGGGCGCGCUCGCGCUCACCGACCUCACGCCGCACGCGCCGCUGUGGCGCGAGCGCCUGCGCACGCACGCCGACCACGCGCUCACCUUCGACUACCGCCGACUCAGCAGUGCUGAAGCGGCCGUGGCGGGCCACGAAACGAGCUUAAACAUUGAGAUGGGUCCCGUCACUUACGUACACACCAAACGCUUCGUUCAAGAACUACAAGCUUUCGCCAGAGACUUCAGUUUGCUCAGGAGAGUUAUAUUACAGGCCAGACUCAAGGUGUCAGUGGUAGGCGGGGGCGGAGGCGACGAGGGCGACGUUCGCGCUUCACGAAUGAAGCUGCGCGUGCGCAGCGAAGCGCCCGUUAUAGUGUUGCCUGUAUCCGGGCGGGCCCGUGCUGCGCUGGCUGCUCAUCUCGACCAGCUGCACCUCGACAAUUGCUUCAAGUAUGCCGGUGACCCUGGCACCGUCAGCACUGUCGUCGACCCCAACUCUUGUGUAACGUGGGACAUGUGUGCAGGCAAGCGACCGCUGCUGGACGUGCGCACGGUGCGGCUGGACGGCGUGGCACUGUGGUGCGCGCGCGGCGGCCGCGGACUGCGCGUGCGCCGCGCUGGCCCCCCGCUGUUACAUGCGCCUGCGCAGUUAGAGUUGAACAUUGAGUACAAUAUGUCCGACUCGCAUAAUGUGGCAGACAUGACUCUCCAGGGGUCCCUCUCGACCCUGCAAUGCGCGUUGGACCCCGCGCAGUACCGGCUGGUGCGGGGCGUGCUGGCGCACAACCUGGGCGAGAGCGUGGACGACCUGCUGCCCAGGGAGGCGCACCCCUUCCCGCCGAUACAGGCGCAUGAACAGGUACCGGUACUAGACUCAUUUUACAAAAAGAUAUACAAAGUGUGGACCACAAGCUCGUUGAAACUGGACUUGCACGACGUGACAGUGAAGCUGGAGCCGGAGCACGGUGUCUCUUCCCUGGCGUGUAUCAACUUCAUCAAGUCUCGCCUACACAUCGAGACGUACUCCGACUUUGGCCAGGAUAUUGAUCUGGUGUCGCAGGAAAUCUUGGUGAGCGAUACUCGGUAUGCGAAGGAGCCGGCCAACCGGCGCGGUAACGUGUUCAGCCACAUCGUGCAGCCCAUGCCGGAGCAGCGUCACAGCGUACAGGCCGAAGUGCACGCCAGAAUGCGGCGAGACUCCUCAGCGUACACAAUACUGGUCAACAACAUGCGUUUGAUGGCGAUCCUGGACUGGUGGGAGGCUGCCAACCAGUUCAUUAUGCAACCGCCACCUCCACCUGCUGAUCCGGAUCAAGCACAUCUCGAGGAGGCGCUGUGCGCGGUCCGCAUCGCGGCGAGCCCGCAGCCGCCGCAGACGGCGCAGUCGGAGCCCAGCAUGGAGCUGAAGCUCAAUGUCACAGACUCACAGCUCGUGCUCGUCGAGGACCCCUCCGUCUGGGACACCAACGCUGUCAUACUCAGGAGCACAACAGUGAUUACCUACCGUAACGCCAACUCCCAUAAGCCGGUGUCGUGUGAGCUAAACGAGCUGGAGGUGUUCUCGUGCGUGCUCGGCCUCGAGGAGGAGACGGCGCUGUCCAUCGUGGACCCCGCCGCGCUGCACGUGUCCAUUGAUGCCGACAGAAUAUUGCACGUGGCGAUGAGUACGUUGAACCUUCGUUUGUCGUACCACGACAUGCGCAUGUUCGCUUCCAUGUUGCAAUCGUUGCCGGUGCAAGCGAGAGCGGCCUUGUCUGGUAAAUCGACGGUAUCGGAAGUGGAGGAAGACGCGCCCGCCAACAGCGUGCACAUGCACGCGCACAUGUCGGGGCUGGCGGAGGGCGCGGGGGGCGGGGCGGGUGCGUCCGCGGGGGGCUGGAUGUGCCGCCCGCGCUGGCUGCGCUCUGCGCCCGCGCCGCCCCCGCCCCUGCCGCCGCCCAGCGCCAGCAUCUGGCCGCUCCGCGCCGUGCAGGUGUCUGCGGACUGCAUCACUCUGUGCGUCAUCGACGACUGCUUAGAUUCAGAUGUCCCAUUGCUGGAAGUGUCUCUGAGCGAACUGCAAGUUGAACAAGACCUACGCUGCGUCGAGGAAUCUUUCGAGGACCCGAUGCUGGUGAGCACGCCCAGCUCGGCGGGGGCGGGGGCGGCGCGCUCGUCGGGCGCGGGCGGGGGGAGGCUCGGCGCCACGCUCACCAUCGACUACUACAACAGGACUCUGUCGGGCUGGGAGCCCGUCGUCGAGCCUUGGAGAUUUGAGACAUCGUGGGAGUAUACCUUGACCAGUGAACUGUCCCUCGGUCGCGUGCAAAUGGAAAUAUCUUCCACUGAAGUACUGAAUACUAACGUGACGUCAUCACUUAUCGAGCUCUGUCAGCUCGUGAGGGCCAACUGGACCGCAGACUAUUAUGCGCCACAGUCGUCAGGAACGCUGGAGCAGUCUCCGAAGGGAAGCCCGGCGGGUCACCGUCGCCGCUCGCCCUUCGUGCCCUACGCCCUGAGGAACCACACGGGACACAAGCUGUGGUUCACCACCCUCGUUACAACGUCCGAUGUUUUGAGCGAGCAGCAGAGCUGGUCGGGCCCGGACGACUCGUGGAUGAGCGUGCGCGCGGGCGACACGGAGCCGUUCUCGUUCGGCGCGCGGCGCGGGCGCAGGAGAGGCGCGCCCGCGCCCGCCUCCGCGCACGCCGCCACGCUCAACCAGCUCGCGCUGCGCCUGGACGGCUGGAGCCCGCCCGACCCCGUCUGUGUCGACCGCGUCGGGGUCUACUUCCGGAACCUCACCCACAUCAAAUCCGGUGGUGAAGCUCGCAUCGUGUUCGAAGUGUCACUGGAAGGGUCGGCGCGCAAGUUGGUGACGGUGCGCUCGGCUCUGCAACUCGUGAACAAACUGCCGCACCCUGUAGAAGUUAGGAUCGAUGAUGCCCCCUACAUCGCGAAGUGGCGCAGCACGAGCACGGGCGUGCGGUGCGCGCAAGUGGCGGCGGGCGCCACGUGGGCCGCGCCCAUCGCCGCGCACGCGUCCGCGCUGUGGACGCGCCCGCUGCUGCGAGCCGCCGCGCACCACUCGCCCACGCCGCUCGACUGGCGCCACUCGCACUCCAAGCUGCUGCUGCACCACGAGUGCACGGCGCCGCCCGACCACAUCUACAGGUUCUGCUGCGUAAUCAUCAGGGAGCGUUUCCCGCCCGACCGAGGUAUCGCCGGCCACACGCUGACCUUGGUGCCAGCUCUCAGGUUAGAGAACCUACUGCCGUUGGAACUGCAAUUCAAAGCCAGCCCUGCCACACCCGGCUCUGGGAUCGUCAGCGCUGCAGGAACUGUUCCACCCGGUGACACAAGACCAUUCCAUGAGGUAAAUGUAGAAGAGGGUGUAGAACUGAGCGUGAAAUUGGAAGGAUUCGGAUGGUCAACGGCUUUGAGCGUGUGUGGUUCCGGUGGCAGCAGUAGUACGGCGGUGGGAGGAUCCGGCAAUGGGUCCUUCAGUGCCAGGCUAAAACUCCGAGACUCCAGGUCGAGAAGACUGUACCUCAACGCCAGAGUGACUAUUAAAAAGACUGACGGUAUCAAGGUGUCGGUGUCUGCGGCGUACUGGCUGGUGAACCGCACGGGUCUGCCGCUGGUGUUCCGCGCGGAGGGCGGCGCGGCGGAGGCGGCGGGGCAGUUCGCCGAACACGAGCUGGCGCGCAUGGUGCAGCCGCUGCUCUUCUCUUUCGCCGAGGCCGACGGCGGGCCCACGCUGUCCGCCCGCCUCGGCAGCGUGGGCGUGAAGAAGUUGGAAGUACGCGGCGACGCGGAGUCGGGCACGGGUGAGCGCGUGUACGCAGUAGGCGUGCGCGUGCGGGCGGGCCGCGGCCGGUACCGACACACCAACAUCGCUACCUUCACGCCGCGAUACCAGCUGCACAACAACACCAGGCACCAUCUGCAGUUCGCGCAGAAGUGCUGCGCCACUACACUUAACGACCCGGGCGCGAUCGCGACGCACGUGUCGGCGGUGGCGGGCUGCUACCUGCCGUGGCACUGGGCGCGCUGGGAGCGCGAGCAGCUGCUGUGCGUGCGCGUGCUGGCGCCCUCGCCCAGCCUCGCGCCGCUCACGGCCUGGUCCGGCGGCUUCCGCGUCGACUCCACGCGCAGCCUGCACGUGGCCUGCAGGGAGUCGGGAGGCGGGUACCAGCUGAUCCGAGUAGAAGUGGUGUGUCAGGGAGCGACCAUGUUCGUGGUGCUGACGGACGCGGAGUGCGCGCCCCCGCCCCUCCGCAUCGACAACUACUCGCCCGUGUCUAUCAUGUUCCAUCAGGUGGGGUGCGGCGAGGAGUGCGUGGUGGGCGCGCACGCUCGCGCGCGCUGGGCUCCGGCCGAGCCCGAGGGCGCGCCGGCGCUGGCCCUGCGCGCGCCCGGCGGCCCGCGCACCACGCUGCCGCUCGACCAGCUGCCCGCCACGCACCACCUGCUCUACCAGAACUUCAUCUACGUCGCCUUCACCGCCACGCACGCGCACGCGCACACCGGCAGGGACAACAGCAUACAAUCUUCCACAACAUCACCAGACGACAGCGUGCUGGUACUCGAAGUACCGCUCGGCAGUCCGCGCGUCGUGCUCGGCAGAAAACGAUAUGGAGACAGAUCUCAAUUAUGGCGUCGCGGCCCUAAUGAUCAACUCAUACACGAAGGAAGCUCACCGCCCCAACCAACAGAUGCUUUACUUUCGGAUGACGCUCCACUUUCUCCACACGCCAUGGUGUUGGACAUCGAAGACGCAGCUCCUCGGCCUGGCCGUGCGUCAGCACUCGUGCUGAGGCGCGCCGACCCGCGGCGGGCCUCCACGCAGGCCUGGCGCCUGAUCCCGCCGGGCCGCAUGGCGUGUGCGCACAACAACCUGUGCGUGCAGCCCGACGGGCUCUCUCUCAUGGCACUCACACCGGGAACACGAGUGGUGCUCGGUCUGCCAGCGUCCGGGCGAUCAGGCUGGAGCCGGGGCUCACCCGUGCCAGCCGAGCAAGCGGUGUCGUGGCACACGCUGCGGCCAGGCUCCGGGCGGCUAGAGGUGACGCUCACCGCUGAUGGACCCACCAGACUUGUUAAAAUACACGACCUCAAAGAUCCUGAGUCCGGUUGGAUCGAGGGCGGCGAGGAGGAGGACAAGGGCGAGGAGGCCGCGUGGCGGCGCGAGUGGGGCGUGCGCGUGUCGCUGGCGGGGCUGUCCGUGUCGCUCGUGUCCAAGGCGCCGCCCGCCGAGCUGGUGCACGCGCUCUUCGACGGCGUGCUGCUGGAGCUCGCGCUCGGGCCCAGCCAGCUCGCGCUCGCGCUCUGCGUCACGCACAUGCAGUGGGACAACCAGUUGCUGGGCACCCCGAGCCCAGUGCUGCUGUACUGCCUGCCGGCGCGGGGCGGCGGGAGCGGGGGCGGUCCACUACCAGCGCUGCACGCCGCUCUGGAGCUGCAGCAGGCGCCCACCAAGCGCUACAACGCUUACUUCUUCCGGCACCUCGUCGUGGCGCUCCGCCCGCUUGCCAUCAGGCUCGAGGAGAGGUUAAUACUCCAGCUGUGGGCGUGGGCGUGGCGAGGCGAAGCGGAGCUCCGCGAGCAGCCCGACGAGGCGGAUUAUGAAACGCGGCGAAUGCUCGCAGAGCUAACCGCCCUGCACGCCACGAGAUACUACUUCGCACUCAUCAAGAUCAUACCCAGCCAGAUCCGUCUGUCAAUGUGCACGGCGAACAAAUUGGAAGGCUCCCUGAGCGGGCUCAAGCGGCGGUUAGGUCUGACGUUCAUCAAGUUCGAGGAUGCUGCCGUGGAGCUGGAACCGUUCGUGCGAGCGCACGUGUUCGACACAGCUUCCUAUCUCGGACGACAAAUGUUGCAGCACUUCAAAGAUGAGUUAAAAUGGCAAGCGGCAAAAAUCCUCGGUUCAGUAGACUUCCUGGGCAACCCGCUAGGGUUCGUGGCGGAUGUGUCGGAGGGCGUCACCGGGCUGCUACUCGAGGGAAACGUCAGGGCUCUGCUCAAGAAUGUCACUCACGGGAUAUCCAACUCUGCCGCUAAGGUUUCAGAGUCGCUGGGCGACGGGCUGGAGCGCGUGGUGGGCGACGAGGCGCACGAGGAGACGCGGCGCCGCAUCCGCUCGGCCGCGGGCGGCGCGCACCUCGCCGCCGGCUUCCGCGGCCUCGGCCUCGGCAUCCUCGGCGGUAUGACAUCAUUAGUGAAGCACAGCUACGAGGGCGCCACGCAGGAGGGUCUAGGAGGAUUCCUGGCAGGAGUGGGCAAGGGCCUCGUGGGCACUGUCACGAAACCCGUUAUAGGCGUGCUGGAUUUGGCUGCCGAGACAGCUUCUGCUCUCAGGGACACUAGCAGAAGGUCGGACAAGUGGGUGCCGGCGCGCGUGCGGGGCCCGCGCUGCGCGUCGGGCUGCGGCGGGCUGCUGCCGCGCUACUGCGGCGCGCAGGCGGCGGGCGCGGCGCUGCUGUACGCGCUCAACCACACCGACUACUCCGAGCGCUUCCUGGCCUACCGCGCCGUGCGCGACACGCCGCACGACAUCCGCGCGCUGCUCAGCGACACCUACCUGCGCAUCAUCACCUGCAAGCACGCCGCGCCCUGCGUCGUCAUGGAGACGCACCUCAGUAACCUGGUGUCGUGCACGGUGGUGUCCUCCGGCGGCGCGUACUUCGUGGAGCUGGGCGUGCGCGGCGGCGCGGCGGGCGCGGGGGGCGCGGAGGGCGCGGUGCGGCGGCCGCGCGUGCAGUGCGACAGCGAGGAGCUGGCCGCGUGGGUGGCGCGCCACGCCGCGCUGGCGCGCCAGCUGCACCACGAGCACGUGCACACGCUGCUGCCGCACGCCGACCUGUGA